CACAGUUUUUAUGUGUAAUUUUCAGUGCGUUUUGCUGUCUAGUGGUAACAGUCACACAGCCGAAGUGACAACACAAGUGUUCAGAUUACAGUGCUGUCAAACACCGCUUCUAUUCUAACAUUACUUGACUGAAUUUACCUUUUGAGCCGCUACGAUGUCUGGACCCUCGUUGUAUAGGUCUUAGUAAUGGAGGAAGAAGAUGAAUGUCCUGAGUUAGUGCCCAUAAAGGAGAAGAAUGUCGGACCUACAGCUCAGAUUCCUGUUACGAUCAUCACUGGAUACUUGGGUGCUGGGAAGACCACGCUUUUAAACUACAUAUUAACAGAGCAGCAUAGUAAACGCAUAGCUGUUAUACUCAAUGAGUUUGGUGAAGGCAGUGCUUUGGAGAAAUCUCUGGCUGUGAGUCAAGCAGGCGAGCUUUAUGAAGAGUGGCUGGAGCUGAGAAACGGCUGCCUCUGCUGCUCUGUAAAAGACAAUGGGUUAAAAGCCAUUGAAAAUCUAAUGGAGAAGAAAGGAAAGUUUGACUACAUACUUCUAGAGACCACUGGUUUGGCAGAUCCAGGAGCUGUUGCUUCCAUGUUCUGGGUUGAUGCUGAAUUAGGGAGUGAUGUUUACCUUGAUGGUAUUGUUACUGUCAUCGAUGCUAAAUAUGGAAUGCAGCACAUAAUAGAGGAGAAGCCAGAGGGUCUUGUCAAUGAGGCUGCCAGGCAGAUAGCUCUUGCUGAUCUGACCAUCAUCAAUAAGACAGAUCUGGUGAAUGACACUGAGUUAGGACAGCUCAGAGAUGCAGUGAGAUCAAUAAAUGGCCUUGUAAAGAUUUUGGAGACACAAAAAUCAAGAGUUGAUCUGUCUCAAGUAUUAGAUUUGCAUUCUUUUGAUACCAAAGAUGCAGUAAGGUUAGCUGAAAAGAUACAGCUGGUGAGAAGUAAUCAUGCUCAUCUAGACAAGACUAUGCUGACGGUAACCUUUGAAGUACCAGGCAGUGUUUCAGAAGAACUAUUAAAUAUAUUUAUUCAGAACCUCCUGUGGGAGAAGUCCAUUAAGAAUAAAGCAGGAUUGCCAAUGACUGUUAUUCGGUUAAAGGGGAUCAUCUCCUUCCAGCAGAAACAGAAGAAGGUGAUGUUGCAGGGAGUCCAUGAGCUUUAUGAGCUGGAUGACACUCCAGAAUUAUGGGCAGAUCAAGAGCCAAGAAUCAACAGAGUCAUCUUCAUAGGUCGAAACCUUGAUGGGGAAAUUCUGAAGGAAGAGUUCAUCUCUGCUGUUUCAAAUAAUCAAAGCUUGGAGUAGAUGAAACCCGAAAAAUGUUGUACAAUCUACUAGUCCAGGUAUAGAAAUAUAACACUGCAAUGUCCUCAUGUGUUGGUGCAUGCAUGGACCUGGGUUGCAGGGCUGGAACAGCUUAACUAGCGACAAACAUAGCUGUAGUAGAUUUAAAAUUAAAAAGUUAUGGUUCUUCUCAGUGUAAACAUGAAAGUCAUUCAUGUAUUUGAUUAAACCAGUAAGACUAAAAUUCAUGUCGGCGGCACAAGUUGUCAUUUUUGUGACAAAACUUUUGUCACAUUUCCAAUUUUCCUUUUUAUUUAUUUUGGAAAUACAGAAACUGUUUGUAUUCCGAGAAGUUGUCAUUAUUUACACAAUGUAUUUCUGCUACGAAUCAGCCUAUCAUGGCUGUAAAUGUUCACAUUGUAAAGUAAAUGCCGAAAUACCAGUUAAAUAAAUUUAGUCUUGAUUUAU